CUCCCUGCAGCUCCUGUGCUUGUCAAACCCUGGAAGCCGAGAACUGAAAAGAGAAAAGCAUGAAGAAGUUAAGGCUCAAGGAGCUGGAGAGCCGCCUGCAAGAAGUGGAUGGAUUCCAAAAGCCCAAGUUACUUCUAGAACAGUAUCCCACCAGGCCGCACAUUGCAGCAUGCAUGCUCUAUACAAUCCAUAAUACAUAUGAUGACAUUGAAAAUAGAAUGGUUGCAGAUCUAGGAUGUGGCUGUGGAAUACUAAGCAUCGGGGCUGCAAUGUUAGGAGCCGGGUUGUGUGUUGGAUUUGACAUAGAUGAAGAUGCCCUGGCCAUCUUUGACAGGAAUGUGGAAGAGUUCGAGUUAUCGAAUGUUGAUAUGAUUCAGUGUGAUGUGUACUCGUUAUCCGACAGAAUGUCCAAGCUAUUUGAUACAGUAAUUAUGAACCCUCCCUUUGGGACCAAAAAUAAUAAAGGGACAGACAUGGCUUUUCUGAAGACUGCUUUAGGACUGGCAAGAACAGCGGUAUAUUCUUUACACAAAUCCUCAACUAGAGAACAUAUUCAGAAGAAAGCUGCAGAAUGGAAAGUCAAGAUAGAAAUUAUUGCAGAGCUUCGAUAUGACCUGCCAGCAUUAUACAACUUUCAUAAAAAGAAAUCAGUGGACAUUGAAGUGGACCUAAUUCGCUUUUCUUUUUAAAAGCUUCCGAAGACAAAAAGCAGCUUAAAAUCUAACUAAGAUGAAUAAAAAUGUUGCU